AUGGGCCAUGUGCAUGAUGGGCAGAGUGAAGAGGCUAUGAAGAUCUUCUCACGAAUGCUGAACGAUGGAAUUAAACCCAACCAAGGAACUUUUUUCAACAACUUCGUUGAAUCAACUCUCAUAAGCAUGUAUGCAAUAUGUGGCGAGAUCAGCAUUGCCAGAGAGAUGUUUGAUCGGUCAAACCAGAAGAACUUGGGAUCUUGGAAUGGGAUGAUCGCUGCAUCUGCCCACCAUGGUUAUGCCAGAGAAGCAAUCCAUUUGUUUGAUAAGAUGAGGCAAAAUGAGUUUGAACCCGACGGCGUCACAUAUGCUGGGGUCGUCGAUCCGAGCCUGAAGAAGCAGCCAAAUGGGUGUGUCCUACCAGAUGUUCAUAUUGCUGCUCAUGCUUUUCGGAUGUUUAUAGUUGCUGAAUUUUUGAAACAGACGAGUGAAGAGGCCAUGAAGAUCUUCUCACGAAUGCUGAACGAUGGAAUUAAACCCAACCAAGGAACUUUUGUGAGCGUUUUGAGUGCUUGUAGUAGCAGUUUGGCUGGUCUUGGUGAAGGAAAGCAAAUUCAUCAGAUCAUGAGCAAAACCAUCUUUCAGUUCAACAACUUCGUUGAAUCAACUCUCAUAAGCAUGUAUGCAAUAUGUGGCGAGAUCAGCAUUGCCAGAGAGAUGUUCGAUCGGUCAAACCAGAAGAACUUGGGAUCUUGGAAUGGGAUGAUCACUGCAUCUGCCCACCAUGGUUAUGCCAGAGAAGGAAUCCAUUUGUUUGAUAAGAUGAGGCAAAAUGAGUUUGAACCCAACGACGUCACAUAUGCUGGGGUCGUCGAUCCGAGCCUGAAGAAGCAGCCAAAUGGGUGUGUCCUACCAGAUGUUCAUAUUGCUGCUCAUGCUUUUCGGAUGUUUAUAGUUGCUGAAUUUUUGAAACAGACGGUUCUCCACCCCCCAACGCAUCUGAAUUUACUGUGA